AUGGAUCAACAGAGUAUUUUCGAUAUUAGAAAAAUAGAUACAUUGGCAUAUACUCUAAACUCAGAGUAUGACAUCAAGAGAAUGAAAUAUGAAAAGAAAAAGGAAUCUGAUAAAAUAAUUGCAACUGUUAUUCUCAUCAUGGGAUUCCUCGUAUUUCCAAUAUGGGUUGGUGGAUUCUUGACUGUAUCAUCAAAUAGUUCAACUGCCAGAAAGAUAUCAUUGGCAUCAAUCUCUUGUGUUGCAAUGAGUGUAUUUAUCAAAUUGGCAAUAUUCCUUUAUUUUUAUAAUCCAACUUUUCUUUUCUAA